UGAAGCUGAAGCUAAAACCGACUACAGCAUUGUGCAUUAUAGCAACGAGGCUACUCAGAAUUAUAGCAGAGAAAGCGGCAGCGACAGCAGCACAACCGAAUACAUAUGGAAUGUGGUGGAGGACCAUUCCCGGGAGCCCCAUCAUUCGGCCAGCACAAGCCAAAACGACGAUAUGCAGCUGAAGGAGAUUAAUUUUGAAAGCGAAGCCGAAUUGAGUGAUUCCGAUGGCAUAUUAGAUACCUCAGAAGUAACCAUGGACGAUGGCUAUCCACCGGAAGUGCUAAUCGAUGAUAACACCAAACCUCUAGUCAUUGGCGAUGUCGAGGGUGAUGAUCUGGAAUCGAAUCAAAUUACCGCGGAUGUGAUUAAUGCACGUGAUAGUAAAAUGGACUUGGUUUCGACCUUUUUGCAAUACAUUGAGACGCAACAUCUAUUGGGAUCCAAAUGUGUGGCCGGCACAUCGCUGAAUCUGGGUGAGGGCGUCGUGGACCGUUAUGCACAGGAUCGAUUUAGGGUUGAGGCUGAGGUAGCUGUCAAUCGCGCCAAUAUGCUGACCAGAAUAUUUAAGAUGACAUCACAUUCGGUGCAAGAAGAUGUCAAUUUGCUCCACGCUUCCGUGCUUUCCAUGGUCGAAUUCGAUGAUGAUAUAUUUGCAGCUGGAAACUGCUUCGAUUGGAACGAACAUCCUGCGCAGCCAGGACUGUUCUGUCCCUUUGCGUACCGGUUGCCGCCACCAAACUUGGGCGCCGUCUUAGCCAAGGAUCUGGCCAUGGAAUAUCACUAUUUGGGUAAUACAUCGGAGUGGUUCUUUCUGGCGCGCAAGAAUGCCGAGAAGGUGAUAGCUCGCAAUGAGCAGUAUCUGAAAUCCUUUCAUCUCUAUUCGAACCGCACUGAGGAACGUAUCGAGGCCGAUACGUUGGCCGUCAAAUACGAGGAUGGCAGAUGGUCGAAGCCCUACUACGAUUGUGGCGGAGGCAACAUCUGGAUGUUAACCUAUACAGUGCCGUUCUUUGGCUACGAAAAUGGCACAUAUCAUUUCAAAGGUACCUCCGGCAUUGAUAUUGACUUGAGGCGCGUCGAUAUUGAUCAAUGCCCACAACGCAGUUCCCCCGGCACCAAGCGACCACUAAACAUCUUUGCUGGAACGGAUAAAUGCAAGCAACGCACAACUAUGUGCGAACCCAUAAUGGGCUUGGGUUUUCGACGCGGCUCCUACAAGUGCCUGUGCCGCAAGGGCUUCUACUUUCCCGAUGUGGCUUCACAGCAAAAAUUCUUUAAUGGCAGUCUGCUGGAGGAGGAAUAUGAGAAACUGAUGCGGGGCAAGAAUUCCACAUACAACAGCAAUAACGAAUACGAAUGCCUGCCCUGUGCCGAGGGCUGUGACUCCUGUGAGGAUGCCUCGCCCUGCAUUGCGGCUCUGAAUUGGCCAAUGCGGACCAGCAUUUUGGUUCUCGCCUGCAUUGUCAUCGGUCUGCUGCCACCGGCUGCCUGGUUCACAUUCCGCUAUCAACAAGUCAAGGUCGUACGAGCCGCAAGUCCAGCUCUGUUGCGUGUCAUUGCGCUGGGCGCUUUCUUCAUUUACUGCACGAACAUUGUCAUGUAUCCAAAUCCGAAUCUCUACACAUGCACUGCGCGUAUUUGGCUGCGUGAGCUCGGUUUCUCUUUGACAUACGGUGCUCUAAUGCUGAAAACUUGGCGGAUUUCGGUGAUUUUUCGUGUACGCUCUGCCAAAGCUGUGAAAAUAACAGAUGCAGCUUUGCUCAAGCGUCUCGGAAUCAUUUGUGGAGCCAUCGGUACCUGCCUCCUCGUACGCACUCUUGUCUCUCCUCCGGACGUUGUCGUGGGCCGCACUGCCGAUGACCUGAAAGCAUUUCUAUGCAAAACCGAUUGGUGGGACUACACAUUCACAUCCAUGGAGGUAUUAUUUCUUGCCUGGGGCGUACGGCUGUGCAUCAUGGUGCGCAAAGCACCGUCCGAAUUCAACGAGAGCCGCUUCAUAUCAAUGGCCAUAUACAAUGAAUUCCUGCUGACUUGUUUUCUCAAUGUGUCUAUGCUCUUCCUACAAUCGCCUGCCAAUCCGGAUUUGCUCUACAUCAUAUUUUUUUCCCAUACUCAGCUCACAGUGACACUCCUUUUGGCGCUUAUCUUUGGUAGCAAGGUUUACAUUGUGCUGCGUAGCGGCAAAUCGCAUCAGGAAAAUAUUGGUCUGGGCGCCAAAGCAUCGGGUGCAAAAUUCAAUUUUCGCCCACAAGUGCGUACCUUCGCCAAUCCCAGCUCGAUGACAACAUCAACCGUUCCCGUUGCGGGCACUACUUCAGGAGAGAACAAACUGUCUGACCAAGAAGCUCUGGAGGAGAUUCGACAGCUGAGCAUACAGCUGCAGCGCAUCCAAGAGAUGGCUCCGCCCAAGGGCGUUGCUGUUAUGACCAUAUCGAGUCUGCUGGAUGGUCUGAAAACUCCCGGCGGCAUGAUGAUGGUAGCCGCAGCUGCCACACACGCAACAAGUGCCAACACUUCGACGCUUCGUCAAGGAGCUCUACCCUUGUUGGCCCUGAACGCUGAAAUGCAAAAGUACAACCAGCAAAUUCAGCCGCAAUCGCACAACAACAACAGCACCAGCAACGGAGCACGUGCCGCACGCACCAGUAUACCAACCAUGGUGCUGGAGACGCCACCAUCGUCGACACCGCCCUCUGCUGCCUAUGAAGAGCGCGCCAUCAACACAGACCUUAGUGGCGACGAUUUUCGCGAACAGCUGCUCCGACGCUCUGCCGAUGGGCACAUUAUCUGCAGUCGCUGCCUGGAUGCAUCCAAAGAGCAUUACUACUGCUGCGCACCGCGCACUGCCUGCGAGCAACUGGGCUCGCCACAACAGGAGGGCAGUAUUAGCUUUGCCAACAUCAAACUGGACUGCAUGUGCUCACAGUCCGACGAUCUGGAUAUGCUGCAGGCCACUACCUCCACAGUGGCGGCAGUUACGACAGUGUCUAGUGACCAGCUGGCCCAAGCACAACGCCGACGACCGGCAGUGAGAACGGCUGCAACCAAUACGCCUCCGGCCAGCUGUAAGCGUGGCGCUCGGAAUAUGCUGGAGGCUGAGGUCAGCAUUUCGUAUCAAAUUUGUGAUAACUGUAGAAAUAAGUAUAGGCUUAGCGAUGGCACAGCUCGAGGCAGCUCGACGCAAACAUUACCAACGGUGGGCACACAGAUGAGUCAAACGCGCAGUCAUGUGGCAGCCACAAAAGCCACACGCUCCACUGACGACAUCAGCCUCUAUAAGACCACAACGACAGGCACCGCCGAGCUCAGGGACGCGGACGGCAAUGAAGACAAUGAAAGUGUUUAUAGUGACAGGGCAAGCAUCCGUGCGACGUCGAUUGAGCCCACACAGUUAGUUCCAGGGCCGAGUGAGAUCGCCACCCAAUCUCUGGGCAAUGUUUCCCAAACAUCGAAUAACUCCACUAGCCAAACGGACAAGACGAAUAACAGCAGCGGGACAACUCCCGGCGCCACGCCAGCCUCAAGCGCACGACCGAAACGGCCCGAUAAGCUGGUGCUUGAUCUUAACGAUCGCUCCAAAUAUACCAAGGAGGUUUCUGUGUAAGUAAAAACAUACAAGUAAACUUAAAAUAAAAGCCAAGCUUAGUAGCUUAA